CCUUCGAUGCCAAAUCAUUGCAACCUUGGGAGCAUCAUAUCAAAUCCGCAAUAUAAUCGCCACCAUAUCCAAAUGCAUAUAAAAGCAUAGUAUUGACUCCCUCAAGACCCCAAACAUACCCUCCCCCCUCUGAUCCCUUCUCUCCAGUCUCUACACACCCUCGCAACCCCAUCAUCAUACGGACAAACUUUUCUUGAACCCUAAGUUUGUUCCUUCAAUUCGUUUUCUUAUAUACAAAAUACAAUUCUAUUUUCCUCUCUGAAAUUUGGGGAAAAGGAAGAAACAUGACAUCUGUUUGCAUAUCAAAUUGUGUGAAAGAUGCCCGAGUCCCCGUCAGAGCCACCUACGUAAACCUCUACAAGUGGCCGGAAUCCGACGCCGAGUUCAUCCGCUCAAUGAGCGCCGGCGCCGGCACCGGGGUCCCCCACCCUAGGGUGGUGGACAGCAUUUCAUGCAGGCAACUGUACUUGAGAAGCUACACUUUUUCCAGGGAAGAGAGUAAGAAGGAGGAGACGGUGAAGUGCUACGGGAGAGGCAGAGACGGGGUUGGGGAGAAGGGGACGAGGAGGAGGAGGAAGUCUCGCGGCCGUGAAAGUGGCAGCGACGACGGAGAUCGUCGCCGGAGGAAGAAAUGCGCGGGGUUGGGAAGGGUAAAGGAAGUGUCUUCGGCUGUUGUGGUUUCCGUCUUCCGGAGGUUGCUAUCUUGCACUACCAAAGUUGAUGUGGUUGGUUGACUACUUCUGCUAAUUUUCUUGUAAUAUUAUUUAAUCCUUUUAAUUUGGUUGCCCAUUUUCUUUUUUCUUGAUUUUAAUCCUUUUAAUUUGGUUUAGAUCACCUGAAUCCUGCGUUCAUCAAAGUGGUUUUUUUUUUCCUAGUGGUUUCAAUUAUUUUAGAACAUGAACAUUAUGGUAAUAUAUGUACGAUAAUGUAUGAUUACGUUGAUCCAAUGUUAUUUUUAAAUAAUAGGUAUAUAUAAGAGAUUUCAGGAUUGA